CCAUUGUUUGGUUGUUGGUUGCCUUGUGUUAAACUUGUGAGGUUGGGGUAUGUCAAAAAAACUAUAGCCCCUUCUUUCACACCUAAAGCACCAAACAAUCCUUUACAACAACAACAACAAAAAAAAAAAAAAAAGUAGAAAUUGUGGGAAUCAUUAACAAUUUAUUGUUCUUGAGAAUUUUUCACCAACAUUUGAACAAAUUAGCGUUCUUUUUUAGAAAAUUUGAGGUUUUUGGAGCUUGAUUUGAGGUGAGGAGAAGAAGAAAACAAAAAGGGGGUUUUUGGUUUGGUUUUUCCCCUUCAAUUUUUUGGGAUUUGAGGAGGAUAAUCAUAAUCAAAUAAAAGAAAAAAAAAAUUGGAAAAAAUGAUGAGAUUAUGGUUAAAUUCUAUGCAAUUAGUGGAGCUAUUUGUAAGUUCAUGGGUUCAUUUAUUUUAUGGGUUUUACAUAUUUAGCACAGCUGUUGCAUAUGAUUUGUCCCAAGUUUUAUGUGAUUAUUUCAAACCCAACAACAAUAUCAAUGAUAAUAACAUUGUUGAGGUUAAAGAAGAUGAUGUUCAUCCUUCUUCUGUUGAUGAUUUGCCUCCCAUUGUUUUGGUUCAUGGAAUUUUUGGAUUUGGUCAAGGGAAAUUGGGAGGAUUAUCUUAUUUUGCUGGAGCAGAGAAGAAGGAUGAAAGAGUUUUGGUGCCUGAUUUGGGUUCUUUAACCAGCAUAUAUGAUAGGGCGCGGGAAUUGUUCUAUUACUUGAAAGGGGGUCAGGUUGAUUAUGGUGAAGAACACAGCAAAUCAUGUGGACAUUCGCAAUUUGGAAGAAUUUAUGAACAAGGUCAUUACCCUGAAUGGGAUGAGGAUCAUCCUAUACAUUUUGUGGGGCAUUCAGCCGGAGCUCAGGCUGUACGUGUUUUACAGCAAAUGCUUGCGGAUAAGGCAUUUAAAGGUCAUGACACUUCUCCAAACUGGGUGUUGAGCAUAACAUCUUUAUCUGGAGCAUUCAAUGGGACCACUAGAACUUAUUUUGAUGGGAUGCAGCCAGAGGAUGGAAUGACCUUGAAACCUGUAUGUUUGCUUCAGCUUUGUCGAUUGGGAGUUAUCAUAUAUGAUUGGUUUGAUAUUCCUUGGUUAAAGUCCUAUUACAAUUUUGGAUUUGACCACUUCAAUAUGUCAUGGAGGAAGAUUGGUGUAUGGGGUUUAGUAGACCAUCUCUUAGGAAAUGCUGGUCCAUUUGCUUCAGGAGAUUGGAUCCUUCCUGAUCUAACAAUCCAAGGAUCAAUGCGGCUUAACUCCCAUUUACAAACUUUCCCUGAUACAUUUUAUUUCAGUUAUGCUACAAAGCGAACCCGACAGCUCUUUGGUUUCACGGUUCCUUCCGGUGUACUUGGGAUCCACCCUUUGCUCUUCAUCAGAGUGUUGCAGAUGUGCAUGUGGCGUCACCCUUCUGAUUUACCUCCCCCUUACAAAGGCUACAGGGAUGAAGAUUGGUGGGACAAUGAUGGGGCACUCAACACAAUAUCCAUGAUGUAUCCUCGAUUUCCUAUCGAACAUCCCCACUGUCUUGUCACAAAUGAUAAAGAUUGCCGGCCAUUGCAACCUGGUAUCUGGUAUUACAAAGUUGUUGAAGGAGAUCACAUUCUAUUCAUUAUCAACCGGGAGAGAGCCGGAGUCCAAUUUGAUUUGAUAUACGACAGCAUCUUCGAACAUUGUAGGAAGCAUGCUUUUAGGAAGAAACCACAGACGCUACCGAAUCAAAUACAACAUUCUGUUGUCAGUUGAUAUAUCUCAAGAUCAGGAGGCAGAAGAGUUAGGAAUCAUUUUUUUUUUCUUCUUUUCUUUCCUAUACCCCCGUUUCUCUCAUCAAAUUCCUUGGUCUAACGUAAAUGUGAAAUUCUCGCGAAAAAUUCUUUCUAUCAAUGAAUUAUCUUCAUAGGGUUACAGAAAAUUUUUGGAAGUGUGAGGCUUCAAUAGAAAAAUUUAGCCUCCUUCCUCAGGAAGUUACGAUGUAGAAAGAAUUAUACAAUGCAUAUAGUAUAGUCGUAUAGAUGUUCAAACUUUCUCUUGACAUGUUUGCUCACGAUCCAUAUUAAAUUCCUAUUAAACUAUUGUACAAUGUAGGUCUUACUGAAUGACUUAACCAAUGAUUUUCCGGAUUGACCAUCCGUCUUA